GAGCCUCUCGGCUCCAGGCUCCGGAGUCCUGGGACCGCUGAGGGGCCGCCCGGGGUACAGGAAGGGGCUGUCGGGACCGGCCGGCCGCAUUCCGGGUGUCGGGGCCGCGGGUCCGAGGGAUGAGGAGGGGCCAUGGCCAGCGACGGGGCCAGGAAGCAGUUCUGGAAGCGCAGCACCAGCAAAGUCCCGGGCAGCAUCCAGCAUGUGUAUGGCGCCCAGCACCCCCCCUUCGACCCACUGUUACAUGGCACCCUGCUCAAGGCCACACCCAAGGUGCCCACCACCCCGGUGAAGGCCAGGAGGACCAGCACCUUCCAGGAGUUUGAGAGCAACACCAGCGAUGCCUGGGACGCCAGCGAAGAUGACGAUGAGCUCCUAGCCAUGGCGGCCGAGAGCCUGAACACUGCGGUCGUCAUGGAGACCGCCAACCGCGUCCUGCGCAACCACAGCCAGCGGCAGGAGCGCCGCACGCCGCCCGAGCCGUCCGGCCCCGAGUCUCCCGCGGUGCCAAGCGGCGACCUCCGGCUGGUGAAGUCCGUCAGCGAGAGCCACACGUCCUGUCCCGCAGGUGGGAUGGGGGCACCGAGCAGACGGGAAAGUGCUAGAGACACUGUUCCUCUUCAGAGGUCCCAGUCUCUGCCACACUCGGUGACUGUCGCACUUGGUGGGACACCUGACCCCAGCACCCUCAGCAGCUCUGCGUUGAGUGAGAGGGAGGCCUCCCGGCUCGACAAGUUCCAGCAGCUUCUGGCCGGCCCCAACACGGACCUCGAGGAGUUACGGAAGUUGAGCUGGUCCGGAAUCCCGAAGCCUGUUCGUCCGAUUACCUGGAAACUGCUCUCAGGUUACCUUCCUGCCAACGUGGACCGAAGACCAGCCACGCUCCAGAGAAAGCAGAGAGAGUACUUCGCGUUCGUUGAGCACUAUUACGACUCGCGGCAUGACGAUGCGCACCAGGACACCUACAGGCAGAUCCACAUAGACGUCCCCCGAAUGAGUCCGGAAGCAUUGAUACUCCAGCCCAAGGUGACAGAGAUUUUUGAAAGGAUAUUGUUCAUCUGGGCGAUCCGUCACCCUGCCAGUGGAUAUGUUCAGGGGAUCAAUGACCUCGUCACCCCUUUCUUUGUCGUCUUCAUGUGCGAACACAUAGAGGAGGACGUGGACGCCGCCGAUGUCUCCCGCGUGCCCGCCGGCGUGCUGCGUGACGUGGAGGCCGACACGUACUGGUGCAUGAGCAGGCUGCUGGACGGUAUUCAGGACAACUACACCUUUGCCCAGCCUGGGAUUCAGAUGAAGGUGAAGAUGUUGGAAGAGCUGGUGAGCCGGAUUGACGAGCAAGUGCACCGGCACCUGGAGCAGCACGAGGUGCGUUACCUGCAGUUCGCCUUCCGCUGGAUGAACAACCUGCUGAUGAGGGAGGUGCCCCUCCGCUGCACCAUCCGCCUGUGGGACACCUACCAGUCCGAGCCCGAAGGCUUCUCCCACUUCCACUUAUACGUGUGCGCUGCUUUCCUGGGGAGGUGGAGGAAGGAGAUUCUGGAAGAGCGGGAUUUCCAGGAGCUGCUGCUCUUCCUUCAGAACCUGCCCACGGCCCGCUGGGGCGAUGAAGACGUCAGCCUGCUGCUGGCCGAGGCCUACCGCCUCAAGUUUGCCUUCGCCGACGCCCCCAAUCACUACAAGAAGUGAGCCGGGGCCCGCGCUGCCGUGGCCACAGGCCCGUGGCCGAGGAGAGGCCUCGCCGGAGCAGCCUGCCUUCCAGGGCGCUGGCCAGGACGGGGCGCAGGCGAGGGCCGGGGCCUGGCCCGGGGCGCCUCCGCUGCCUAAGAUACCAAAGAGAGCGGGGGGAGGGUCCUGGCCGCACAGGGGGCCAGAGGUGGGCGACUCUCCCUCCGUGUCCCUGGAGCAGCCUUGCCAAAUGACCCCCUCCCGGAGCCUCCAGGGCGUGGCCGCCUGAGGGCCGGACCCCGUGGGAGAGGCCUGCUGUCUGGCGCCAGGGGAGCAAGGAGGUCGUGGCCGUCUCAUACCUGCUUUGAAAUGCGAAAAUCUUAUUCUGUUGAGUGAAAGAGAAUAAAAUAUAGACUUACUAAGAAGUGAA